CCCUCACGUUUCGGCCUUCCAGGACACGACCCGGCCCACCGGUCUCUCAGAACGACGCCCAUCCCUUUCCCCUGCGCCCCGGCGGACUCCACGACUCCGCCCGCGCGCCCCGUACCACGGCGGACGGAAAGGGAAGCUCGCCGUGCCGGAGCGCCCCUGGUUGAUUGAAGAGCGAGCGACGUAUUACCUCCAUCUUCGCCCUCGGAGCGAGCGAGCAGUCCCCGCUCGGUCUCACCGCAUCUCCGCAGCCACAAGGUGCUGUACACCCCUUGCUUGCUAAGGUGCUGCUCAUUUCACUGCAUGACCAUGAUUUCUGAAGAUGGAGAAAUCUCAGACCUCCUCUCUGAACCAAAUCUACCUGAAGAGCAGGAUGUGACUUCCGGAUCCGAUGAUUUCUUGGCUGCUAUUUUGGAAUCAAUCAAAUCAAAUGAGAAGGAAGUUGAACUUUCACCUGAGGAGGCAGCUUGGGCUGAUUCGUGUUUUGUGCAGACCUCUGAACUGUCAGAUGUAGACUGGGGAGCAAUGACGCACGCGUUGCUUGAUAACCUUAGAGAACCAAUGGAAGGUUCCUGUGAUACCACUGAGGUCAUGCAUGAGCAAGGCACCCAUGUUUUUCCAGAGGCAGAAUCCCACGCUUUGCAUGUGGAAAAGCAUACACAGGAUGACAGUGUGGACAUGGAGCAACGAGGCAAUAGUGAUGCUGAUGAGGAUGCUACUGAAGUUGGAGACGUUACAAAUGUAAUUAGAGGCGCAGAUGAGCAUGGUAGGCAAAUGGACGGAUACACAGAGAAAUCUGACGAGGAUGAGCUGGUUUCGCCUGAAGUCGUUGAAGUCGUCGAGCAGGCAGAGUCGAGGGAUUCUAUCUUCAAGGUUUGGGAUCUAGAUGUGUCGUUCUCCGAGGACGAGAGCGAGCUCGAACUCAUCAAGGACCUCAAGAAACUCCUCAGGGGCAACCCCCAGGAGGUCGCAUAUCCACCUCCUGGUGACGCGGCCCAGACUCUGAGCAAGAUAAACAUUGAUGAGCUUGUGGCAGGCUUGAGUAACUUGUCACUGCAGCGAACCAGCGGGUAAAAGUUUAUUCUGGGUUCUCAUGAUCCUCUGCAUUUCGGUCGUCCAAUGGUGAAUGUCGUGGCAGCAAACCAGUGGUUUAUUAAAAUGUAAACAGAGUGUUUUUUGGCAGGUGGUUCUCUGUGCAUCUUGACCAUCCCGGUGGUGAUGUCAGUUGCAGAUUACUUCUUUAGACUUAAGACUUAGGUUGACUGUUUCGAUAUUGGUUUUGUAUAUUGUCUGGGCACCCUUAGAACAUGCCGUAUGAAUUCAGUUCAAGCGGAUCUUGGAGAGCUCUACAGGAAGGAUGCAUAAUUAAAGUUCAAGCAGAUCUUGGAGAGCUCUACAGGAAGGAUGCAUAAUUAAGCGUCUACCCUCUAUAAAUAUGCAUCGGAGCUUCGAAAAAAAUGAUUUGUUUUUCUAAGCACCUUUCCUGAGCAUCUUGUAUUGUACAGAGGCUCCCUCUGCUGAUUGACCUGGGGCAAGGUCCAUUAAUACUGCUUGUAUGU